AUGGCUUCAUCCUCCUCCCGCGCUCCAACGCCAGAACACAAAACGCUGCUCUCCCUUCCCCCCGAAAUCCUCAUAUCAUGCCUUCUUCUUCCGUCUCGACAGUACGGGUACGACCUUAAGCCCCCCCUCCCUCCCAAGAGUGUCCUUCUCGUCUCCCGCUAUAUGUACAGGAUCGCCGCACCGUACCUUUACGCGCACCUCUGGGUCGAGCCCUAUGAAACCGCUCUCGGACAGUCGCCACUUUUACCCUUUCUCACAGCGAGGCAGCGCUCAGCCCUCGCCCUUCCUUCAUGGCCGCGCAUGGCCGAUCCUGCAUGGGUGCACGAGCUCACGAUCCUGCCGGGCGGGCCGCCUGAGCAUGGGGGGCAUGAUUCAGAGCUGUGUCGGGUGCUUAGUCUGGUUCUACCCACGAUGAAGCUGCGCUCAAUUCACUGGGAGGGGAGGCAGAACGAUGAGAGUGUGGCGCGUGUAGUGGCACAGCAGAAGGAGCUUGAAAAGAUUUGCUGCAGGGUGGGGGGUCCUUUAUGGCACAGCGGGCUGAAGGGUCUGAAGGAAAUUGUGUCUUGGCAUGAUGAAAUGUUCCCCUACGAUCAGGAAGACACCAACACCAGGACUGGACUGCUACAGGAGUCUGCAGAUACCGUGCAGACAUUACAUCUGGCUGUUGGAUAUGUAUUCGAUGGCAUCGCCGAUAUGGCUCGUCGGAUUCUCAAAGGGGUGGAGACGAUGCCAAAAGUGAGGGUCCUACGCCUGACAGGGUUCAAUAAGGAAGCAGUGGCGGCCAUUGAGAGGGUUAUAGCUUUUGAGUCAGUUGAAGAGUUCCAGAUUAUGCGCGGGGUAGGGCUGGAUGUCCUGAGGGGCAAAGAUCUAUCCAGUGCGCAUAGUCUUUCCGGUAAUGCGACAACACGAGGAUUGUUUGAGAUUUUGAAUGGGUGCGAGACGCUCCGCCUUCGAGACCUGCGGGUGAAGUUUGUUGACUACCACUGGCCAUGGGAGGGCCCCUCCGCUGACCAUCAGCCACCGCCGCCGUCGAACAUUGCCAUAAUAGAGGCGCUUGGUCGGCAUGGGGCUGCGCUGAAUACGCUUAUCCUCGGACAUAAUAUUUGGGAUACGCAACCGACGAAAGUUGUCGCGCUGCGGGAAAAAGAGGUGAAGCGGUUGGUUGAAUCUUGCCCAUGCCUCGAGGAGCUGUCUAUUACGGUGGAACUUGGAGAAUUUAUCAUAAUCUCGCCAUUCUUGGCUAAACUUCCCCGCCUAUCCCACCUGGCCCUGAACAUUGUUCAUGAUAGCCCCGCCGCCGAUCACCACUCCAGUAGCCCCCCAUAUCAUCUCCCACCAAGCACUAUGCCGCCGUGGCCCGUUGAUAAGCACUGGCUUUACCCAGGGAACAGUGGCUGGGACCCUGUCCGGCCUACCGCUGUUACGCCGCUCGAAGUGGUUAUCUCACACCUCCUUGCUGCAGGACCCCCUAGGAUACAAUCCGUUUAUCUUGACAUCACCAACACCAAUCCAGAAUCUCCGCUCCACCAUAACCUUCGGAACCGAUAUGAGAUGCGUCCUGGUACCCCCGAGGACAGGAGACCUCGGGGCCCCGGGGACUUCUUACACGCGCCUCCAGGGCAGAGAUAUGCGUGGAGCGGCGGAGAGUUUGUGGUGGUAUCCUGGGAUCGAUUCAGGGUUAGGGAAAGUCAGAAGUCUUUCGUAUCCGCUUCGUGGUGGACCUCAUCUUUUGAGGGGCAGCAGAUGACGGUUUAG